AUGGCGAGUCCCUCAGGCAUUGUGCCUUCUGCUUCUGAGUACUCAUAUCUCGAAACCACUUAUGGCCUUACUUCUCUUGAUGGUGUGGAGUUUCCUUCGCCAGGUUCUUCUAUCCUUUCCCCUCCUCCCGGAAAGGUUGUUGCUUUUGAGAUGAUCUGUCGGGCUAAUGGUUAUCUUCUUGAUUAUUUUGUGUUUAAAUACUUUUUCCGCUUUUGUUGGACCGGUGAUAAGUUCAUGUUUUCCGUUCGUCGGGACGGACACACCCUAGUGCUUGACGACCGAACGCCCAAAAACUGGCAAGAUAGGUGGUUUUGGGUUAAUCAUGGCUUAGUGGGUAGCGGACGCUAUUGUGCCAACACUUUUGCUGAUACUACCCCCAAAUUAUUUCCCCAUAACCAGGGCAUGGCUGAUUUUCUCAAGAACAUCCAAGUGUCCCCCGAGGACUAUUCUGAGGCCCUUCUCUCCGGUGUAGGAAUGAGCCCGUGUUUGAGACGUCACAGUAAAAUGGCGGUUUUCUUCGUCGUCGGUGAUGGUGGUGGUUGUAGCGAUCAUUUGGAUGCCAACGUUUGUCUGGGUGAUGAGUGUAAUAAGAAUGAUGUUGUUCCUGAUCCAGGUCGUGUUGAUGACAUUGGUGAGAAUGCUGAGGAUGUAGAAGAUGUUGUUGUGCGUGGAGGUGGUGGUAUUAAUGACGGUGAUGGUAUGAUGUCUCGGGAAUUAGCUUCUUCAUCGGCAUGGAUUGUCCUUAGCGUGCCUAUCAUCACCUCCGCUAGAAGCAUUGCCUCCGCUCCAUAUGUCAAACUGAAUGGUGUCUCCCGCGUGCCUGUUCGUGGGGUGGUCCUAUACGACCGUAGCACCGUUGGUAUCUCUUCUGCCCAAUUUCCUUUGGCCUUUCCUAACCACUUUUUAAUCCCGUUCAUAAUGGUUCUAUUGGAUACUUCGGUAUGUAUGUUUUCUUGUUGGUGUGCCACUAAUGUGAAUCGUUGA